AGAGGCACGGAUAGGUUGUCUUCGAGAAAAUAAAUAGUGAAACCCAAAUUGAGAGACUGUGUGUGUGUGUGCGCGCGUGGUCUGUUGUGAAGAAGUGGUAUGAUUUUAAUCCUGCGUGUAUUUGCUUGUAUUCCCCCAAAAAACGGCCAAAUGCGUUCGUUUCUAUCAACAGAGCUUGAAUUCAAAUCGAGAAAAGGCGUAUCCUGAUUGGCCAGGGAGACAGUUUAUCCGCAUGCGUACUACAGAAAAUAGAAAAUGAUGCAUUCGGAACUAUUGGAAAUGCGGACAUGGGCGGAGAAGGCCAAGAUUUGUUUCAAGAUUGAAAUAAGACAAAACGUUUCAUAGGUGGAACUACACUAAGUAUACAUUUCCUUUAAGAAAAUAUAAUUAAACAGCUGAAGUCUGAAGAACAAAAAAAUCAAAACCUAUUUUUUUUCUUUUGUAGUUUCUACACAACCAUUUGAAUGUGCUUAAUAACUGUUAGAAUUUCCAACUACCGCUGGUCUCAGCAGUGGAAUUUUACUGAGAGCACUUGAAGGCAGCAGGAGAAAGAACAGGAAAUGAAAGCUUUGUUUUGGACAGACAUUCGCUCCGAGCUGGCUCCGAGCAGACGGUGAGUCUCUGAAUGAAGAUUUCUUGCUCAAAACGUCUUUUUAAAUUGUGUACGUUGUGUCACCAAUACUAAAACUUAUAGAUGAUAAAAGGGAUCAUAACAAAUGGUUGACAGGUCCCUGCUAACUACGUUAACGUUACUAGUAUUUGGGAGUGCAAAGUUAGAUAAAAAUAAAAGUAUUCAAAAGACAAUGUAUCAUGUGGACACUAGCUACAUUUCACGGUUGGUUGAGGUGUCGCCGAAAUGAUGCUCCAUGAACCAAAUAGAGAGUUUAUUUGCUUCUUAGCACGUGAAAGAAAACAACGGUGCGGUUAACUGUCUGAUUUGAUUAAAAAACUGAUGUUAUGGAGUAAAACUGACGCAACAGUUAACUCUUCAAACUUAACCUGUCCCGCUGUCGCAGCGACAUUUCGCAAUUCACAGAAAAGUAGAAAAAAAGAAAUGUACCAAUUACGUGGAUAUGGCUUAAAUUAAGUGAACGAUCAUGAAUUGAUCAUAUUGAUCUGGCAGCAGCAGAACACCUGUUACCUGUUUGAACAUGGGCGCCAAAUCGGCUGCAGUUUGACUCAGUAAAUGGAUCAGGCUUUUGGUGUCAGUUGCACAACAGAACAGCCUGUCCCUGACUACAAAGCCUGGAUCUUCUUCUCCCUAAGCCCUCAGGCCUGAGCCCGGCCUCUGGUCUCCACCAUGGACAAUGUAGAGGAGGACCUGACGUGCUCUGUGUGCUACUCUCUGUUCUCUGAUCCGCGAGUCCUGCCGUGCUCACACACCUUCUGUAAGACCUGCCUGGACAACUUGCUCCAGGUGUCUACCAACUAUUCCAUCUGGCGUCCACUCCGCCUGCCGCUCAAAUGCCCCAACUGCCGCAGCGUGGUGGAGCUGCCCCCAAUGGGCGUAGACUCUCUGCCCACCAACGUAUGCCUGCGGGCCAUCAUCGAGAAAUACCAGAGCGACAGUGCGCCGCGACCCCCUUCCUGUCAGGAGCACCACAGGCAGCCUCUUAACAUGUACUGCAUCCAGGAUCGGCAGCUGAUCUGUGGACUGUGUCUGACUGUCGGGCAGCACCAGGGCCAUCCCAUAGAUGACCUGCAGGCGGCAUUCCUCAGAGAAAAACAGACCCCAUCGCUACUGUUGGCCAGACUCUCUGAGCAGAGAUGGGCACAGGUGUGUGAGCUGGGGGAGCAGCUGGAGCAGGAGAAAGCCCGCUGUGAGGGUCUGGUGAGGCAGGACCGACAGGAGGUCAAUCAGUUUUUUCAGACGCUGGAGGCGGUGCUGGCCAGGAAGAGGCACGCCUACCUGGACGCCCUGGAUAAAGCUGGUGCCGAGGUGUCCCGGGCCUACGACCCACUCAUUCACCGAGUGAAGGAGCUACAGGAAGAACAGCUGGACCUGGUGUCCUUGGGUUCAUCAGUAGAGGAGGAGGACUCGCCGCUGGUCUUCCUGGAGCAGGUGCAUUUGUUCCGAGAGAGGGUGGAGGAGUUUGUUAAAACCCCUCUGCCCUCCGUGAUAAACCUCUCCGUCACCCCGCGGGCAGCGGAGCACCUUCAGCAGCACUGGCCUGCCGUGACCAUCGGCAGCCUGGAGGAAGCGCCUGUCCCUAAGGUGUGCUGCUGCGCCAGAUGUGGUUGCGUGGAGGCCGGAGAGGCAGCGGAAGCCGGAAGGGCUCAGUCCGUCAGCUGGGCGCACAAGUUGUGGCGUGAGCCGCGGCCUACUUCUUCUGUGGUGCUGGUGGGGCUGCUGCUGCUGCUGCUGCUGGCAGCGCUGUGGGUCAACCCGGUCGGAGGGGCGUCACUCGGUUUCUCUCUGCUCUCUCAGUUGAGUCAGUUAGUCCAUGGCCUGAGCAGUGAACUGAUCACGUCUCUCUGGGACACGGUGCACUCAGCGCACACAGUGAUGGAGGCCACGGUAGCAAGAUGGAGCUCUCAGCUCUCCUCACUGGGUGAAAAGGCCUUCCAGCACCUGGCUGCCUUCUUCAAAACUCUGACAUUACACUGAAACACACCAAACUGGAGCCCUCCGAUUUCAUCCAGAAGCUGAGAAAGCCUCACGUACACACGCCUGUAGUAGAGGAACAAAUUCACCCUAUUACACCUUUUAAACAGCUGCUAGAGCUGGCAAAAACUGGCAAAAAAAAAAUCUGCCAACGAGUACAUUCAAGGCA